AUGGCUGCCCCCAGGCGGUACUGCAUUGGGCUAGUUCGGGCCUUGAUAGGGGCCUGGCAGGUGGGUUCACAUGCAGGGAGAGAAUGGAUGGCUCCGCCCGGCUGUCUUCUAGGUAGCCAGGCGAGGUGCGUGUCCUCUGUCGUGGGCGCCACUUCCUCUGGUCCCCUCCUGGCCUCGGCCUCUAGUCGUUAUGGUCAGGACUCCGCCUUGGACCGUAUCCUGGGAAUCCCUCAGCCUGACAGUUCGUUGGUUCCGAGCGUCCCCGCAGUGUCGGUGCACAGAGAUGAGCAGAAUCUACUCUUGGUCCAUACUCCUGACGUGCCUGAGAAUCCACGGGUCCUCCGAGUGGUCCUCCUGGGAGCCCCAAAUGCAGGGAAGUCAACGCUUUCCAAUCAGCUGCUGGGCCGUAAGGUGUUUCCUGUCUCAAAGAAAGUGCACACCACUCGAUGUCAAGCUCUGGGGGUCAUCACAGAGAAGGAGACCCAGGUGAUUCUACUUGACACACCUGGCAUCAUCAGUCCUGUUAAACAGAAGAGGCACCAUCUGGAGCGUUCUUUGCUGGAAGAUCCAUGGAAGAGCAUGGAAUCUGCUGAUCUUGUCGUAGUUCUUGUGGAUGUGUCAGACAAGUGGACCAGGAACCGGCUAAGCCCCCAGGUGCUGCAGUGCUUGACCAAGUUCUCUCAGGUCCCUAGCAUCCUCGUCUUAAACAAGGUAGAUUGCCUGAAGCAGAAGUCCGUUCUCCUGGAGCUGACAGCAGCCCUCACUGAAGGUGUAGUCAAUGGCAAGAAGCUUAAUAUCAAGCAGGCCUUGCGCUCACGCCCCAGCACCCACUGCCCUGCCCCUGAAACUAAGGACUCAAAUACACACCCAGUGAGGAACCCUCAGAGAAUUGGCUGGCCCUACUUCCAGGAGAUCUUCAUGUUAUCAGCAGUAAACAAGAAGGAUGUGAACACACUGAAGCAAUACCUUCUGACACAGGCCCAGCCAGGACCCUGGGAGUUCCACAGUGGCGUCCUCACUAGCCAGACACCUGAAGAGAUCUGUGCCAAUAAAAUCAGAGAGAAACUCCUAGAGUACCUGCCUGAGGAGGUGCCCUACAGUGUGCAGCAGAAGACAGUGAUAUGGGAGGAAGGACCGAGUGGGGAGCUAGUGAUCCAUCAGAACCUUCUGGUGCCCAAAGAAUCUCAUGUGCGGAUCCUGAUUGGUCAGAAGGGCCUCUUGAUCUCCCGGAUUGCACAGGAGGUGGGCCAAGACCUCAUGGACAUCUUCCUCUGUGAUGUUCUCAUCCGCCUCUCUGUGAAACUCCUCAAAUGACUAUCCUCUGUUGCUUCUCCCAGUGGAUCCCUGCUCCAGCUGCUAGCAGAGUCACUGGUUAGAACUACCCAUCAGAGGGGUCACAGGACUGGGAAGGGUCAUGGCCACUGGCUGCUAGCCAGCCUGGAGUUGCCGAGUCUGCACAGUGCCUUCCCAACUAUGCUUCCAUUGGAGGAGAGAGGCUGCCUUAGCUCAAUUCUUAGGUAGUUCCUCUGCCUAGGGUCUCAAUUAUAUAGGUCUUAGAACCGAUGGUUCUAAGCCACAUCCCCAUGGUGUGACUGGGGUCUAGCAUUGGAACCAAACUCUUGCCCUGAGUUUCCCAUUGUUGGUAGGAACAGAAUUUUUCUCUUCUUCCCCAAGUUCCUCACCUUGAAGUUGCAUAAGGACCUGUGUUUCCUUUUUUGGUUUGUCAAGACAGGGUUUUUCAUUGUAGUCCUGGGUCCUGGUUGUCCUGGAACUCAUUCUCUUUCUCUGUAGACCAGGCUGGCCU